GGGGGGCCUGGCUGUUUUCAGUAAACACCGAAAAGUACCGGGAAGAGAGGAAAUGAGGCCAGCGAUUUCACGAGCUGCCGAGAUGCUCUUCAAUAAGCUCUGGACCUUCUCACAAAUGACAGAAACUGCUUCAUAAAGAGCACGAUCUUGUUAGCAUAGAAACCGCACCCCCACUUUCCGACGUUUCUUCUGCGGACGUCUGCCACCUCUAGGCUUACCCGCAAAGGAGGGGCAGGGACAACCUCCAAAAUUACCAGACUCUUUUAAAGACUCGGCGUGAGAAACUACAAGUUCCAGGUUGCAGCGCUGACUCCGCCAAAUACGUCAGUACCCACCAGAGAAACUACAAAUACCAGGAUGCAAUGCUGCCUCGGACCCCCGACCCCCUCCACUCCCAGCAACCCUUCAAGGAUGAGGUCCCUUCGGAAAUCAGAUUAAGGUCGGCGCUGCAUGCUGGGAAUCAGAAGACCCAAAAUAGGAUUGGCUGAGACUUUUCCCGGCACCGCCGUCCUCUCAGGCUGGCCCGUGGGAGAAGGGAGGGGGCGCUGCGCACUUCCUGUAGACGCCGGCAAGCAACGGCCUCGGCGCGUCUCCGCCUCACCAGGAAACUACUAAAGUUCCUGUGGACGCAAAGUAGAAUUUCGUAAGAACAUAAUGGAUGGAGAAGAGAAAACCUAUGGUGGCUGUGAGGGCCCUGAUGCCAUGUAUGUCAAGUUGAUAUCUUCAGAUGGUCAUGAAUUUAUUGUAAAGAGAGAACAUGCGCUAACAUCGGGAACAAUAAAAGCCAUGUUGAGUGGCCCAGGUCAGUUUGCUGAGAAUGAAACUAAUGAAGUCAAUUUUAGAGAGAUCCCUUCACAUGUGCUAUCGAAAGUAUGCAUGUAUUUUACCUACAAGGUUCGCUACACUAACAGCUCCACGGAGAUUCCUGAAUUCCCAAUUGCACCUGAAAUUGCACUGGAACUGCUGAUGGCUGCGAACUUCCUAGAUUGUUAAAUAAAAUAAAUUAUAAUAAACUGUUAACUCUUUUUCAGUAUUUAAUACCUGUAGUUCAGUUAGUACUUUUUUCAUAUAUAGCAUGUUGCCUGUGUGCAGUUGAACUUUAAAGUUCAUUGCAAAGCAGAUUAUCUUCUGUUCUUUUGCAUAGCAAUCAGAGUUGAAGUUUGUUUGCUACAUCAACAAAUUAAGGACAUUUUCACAAAUUGAGAAAUAAACAAAUAUACCAGUUCGUAGGUGGUUUUGCCUUAUCCUUUGGAUGUGAUUUUUUAAAAUAAGAGAAAUGAUGAUACAAUAAAUGCUGAAAUUUAGGCAUAAAUUGAACACGUUCUACAGGUAAAUAAUGGGGCUACGUAUUUUUAUGUUCUUAGUGUUUUUUUUAAAAAAACCUAUUCUGAUCUUAUAGCUAUCAUUAGCAUUACUAGAGUUAUGCAAUUGCAUAUAAUUGCAUUAUAAACAUGUUUAUAACUUAGCCAAAAUAUUGAUUUUUAUAACUGUCAAAGACAUGAGAGUUGAAAUUUCUUAUGUGUCUUUUGAUAAACUGCAGUAUUGUUUUAAGUAUAUCUUGUCUUUUUGUUUAUUGCUACAAUUUAAGAACUUUAUUUAAAAUCAGUUUUGGAAGAUAUACUAGAUACAGCUUUUGGAGCAGGGACUUUUUGAACUAUAGCCGCAUGGUCAACAAGUAAAUUACAUGUGCGUUUGGUUUCAUGUACAUUGUGCAUUUUGGCCAGUCCAAAGCACUGUACUUUCACUGACUCUAAAGUUUCCUUUGCGUAUUCAUUCCCACAUAGUCCCUUGUAGGUAGACUUCUCAUUAUGCUUUAAAAGACUCAUGAACUUCAUCUAGAUCCUGAGAACAAGACUUCUCUGAACUAUUUUAGUCUUCCUCCAUUCAGCUGAAAUGUUAUAAAAUACCAAAACCUGAAGAGAUGCAGUGCAGAUCUUAUAUUGCACUUUGAUAUAGUUUAUCAUCUUCUGUUAACACAUUUCCCAGUAGACAGGAUGUUGUAAUCUGGGUCUUCUGCUGAAGUCAAACUUACAAUAGAAGCCUUUCAGCUUCUAUACCAAGACAAAAAAAGUUUUUUAUGAACUAUAAGAAUGUCUCUGCUUAGUCAUGGGAAAAGAAGCACUAGAGUUGGAUUUACUAUAUAGUCUUUAUCCUAGUAGUAAAACAAAGCUGUUACUACAGGGUCUAUAAAUUUAAAUCUUCAGCUUACUUCUUUGAGACUGGUUUAAUAUGGACCAGUUUUUCUGGAACCUGCAAAGACCAUAAACAACCAAGAUCUAUAAAAGUAAUUUUUCCACUUAGAAGACCUCACAUUGUACUUUCCAGCUUAUUGAAAGCAAUUAAAUAUAAAUGUUAAUUGCAUAUAUUUUAGUAACUUCUUAAGACAUAACUGGUACUUUUUUUUUUUCAAGAGAGUAAGACAUACUGGUACAUAUUUUAGUAUAGAAGAUUAUCAAGUACAAGAAUUAUAUUCUGCUACUUGGUGACAAAUAAUGCCAAUUAUAAACCUAAGUGGUGAUCUUAAAGGUCAAGGUAAUAGCUAGAAUAAAGUUUAACUUUGACCCAUUUUAGUAGGUUACUUUGUAUGUUAGAUCCAGAAGUAACCUCAAGUUUAAAAUAUUGAAACAACUGAAAGAUUAGGAAAACUGUAUCUUGUGGCAAAUGAUACUUGCAUGUUAAUAAAGACUAUUUGAAAGGUUUGAUGAACACUUGGUGUUUGAUCUUUUUAGCCUUAAUUUUCUGUUUUUCUGCGGAUGUAUGAAACUAUUGGCUUCAGUACAUCUGUCAGAUGACAAUAGUAGGAAUUUUUAUUUGGUUAAAUUUAACAGAUGAUUUUAUAUAGUAUUGAAACCUUAAUGGUUUCCUGACACUUGGUAAUUAGUUUACUUUUCGAAUUAUGUGCAAAUCUCCCUGAUAUUUUUUUCUGCACAGAGAAUAGCACCACAAAAUCCUUUUGUUUUAUUCAGUUAGUAUUUCAUUUUGUAUUAUCUAGAUUAUUUAUGAUUUUUAGAUUGCUUCUCUUUCUUACAAUUAUUGUUGGCAAAUAACAGUCUCCUUUUGAAGACCUGUUAAUAUUGAGAGAUACAGUUUACUAUAAGCGGUAAAUUUAGCUCAUUUUAAAAUAGAAAUACAUUUAGAGACAUCUUGCUAUGUAUGGAGCUGUCAUCUUAGCUCUGAAUCAUUUUGCUAAAUUUAUUUAUUAUUAUUCUUCCAAAAUAGUACAGAUAUUCUGAGAAAUACUGUAAAAUUGCUGGUAGAGAUUGAAGAGUGUUUAACCCUCAUAAUUCCUAUCUAUGUAGAGGAAAAUUCAUACAAAUUAACAAAGCUGGGAUAUAUUUAGACUUAGCAAUGCUAAGUUGAGCCUCUAUUUAGUUUUAUCUAAUUUUGGUAAAACAUAAGAUCUGGAAAUCAACAGAUACCAUCAAUUUUAUAUAUAGUGUUUUAUUUGCAAUUUUUAAUCUGGUUUAAUUCCAGGCUAGUCAUAUUUGUGCUAAGAUUUUGUAUUCCUAUUAGAUUAAAUUCUUAAGUAUUAUACCCAGUGGUAUGUUGGUUUAAACAAAUUAUUAGUCUAAAAGAUUCUGAUACAUUAUAGCACCAAACUAAGAGUUAAAAAGUCUAAUGUCUUGUGCUAAUAAGCCAUGUGAUCUUGAGCAAGUGACUGGGUCUUAAUUUCACAUCUAGGAAAUUAGGAGACCACGCAUCAAUAGGGUGAUGUUGGCCACAUUUUUUAAUGAACAAACAAGGUCAUGUUUGUCGAUAUUGCUUAAAUCUAAAAUUGUAACAUUACAGAUGAUCGUAAGAAUUAUGAAUGAGGAAAAAAGCUUUCUUGCUGCAUUUUCUAAGUAGCAGUCUAUAAAUAUCAGUUUUUGCUGCUUUUGAUUAGGCAUUAAAUAUUACACAUCAGUACUAAAUAAGUUAACUAGAUUAAUUUACAAUCCUUGUUUUCUGUUGCCUGCUAUAUAAAGAAAAUUCCAUUUUCUCUAUGGUCAUCAUAACUAUGGUCAUCAUUAACUUUGUGAUACAAAGGGAAGUUUAUAUGCCAUUUCCCUACCAGUAAUAUGCAAUGCCAGGUCAAUCCAAAAUUCAGUUUUCAUUUAUGCUCAAGUUUAUUAAUUUAUCCUGAAUUAAAUACUUAAUUUUUUUUAUUUAUGCCAUGUUUCUCUAGCUGUAAACAAGACUUUCAAAAUGCCUUAUAGAAUAUUCCACUUCCUCUCUCCACAUUCCCUCCCCCUGCACACACACACAGGUUUUUUUAAUUUGGAAAAUUUUUAAAUUGUUUUGAGGUAGAACUCCUGGUCUUAACCAUCAAAUUGUUCUAUAAGUUUUGUGUUCAUGUUAUUAUUCUAAUAACAGGACACAACUGUAUCAGUAUUUGGAGUUUUCCCCUCUUUCUAGAUGCUUAUAUCAUUUUUAAUACAAAAGUGUUAACAUUUACCUAGAUAUAUAUAUGCUAAGACCUUUAUUUGUGACAGCAUCUGUUGCUUCAUUAUUUACAGAAGUAUGCAUAAGAUAAUAGCUUGUGAUAUGAAAAAUUCAAAUAUCAUGACUUUUUACUCAACCAGAAUUGUCUCAAAUCUUUCCAUUUGAACCUUUUAUAUCAUGAAGUAAAGCUGGUGAUUAAUUCUACCUAUGCAUACCAACUGGCCCUGGUCCAGUGUUAGGAUUUUUUUUUUAACACAUCAGAAUUGUAACUAGGCAUUGAAAUUUUGAUGCAAAUUUACAAAUGUAUUUUUCUUUUGAAAUAGUAUAUACUAUAUCAUUUCUGCUCUUGAAAACUUCAAGAGCCUGUGCAUCCAUCUCAAGUAUAAUUUUGAAUUGUAAAAUACAUCUUCUUCAGACCAUUGGAGACCAUUUUUGUCUUUCCAUAAUUUCAUUCAACUGUUUUUGAAAAUGAUUGUUUCUUCUCCUACAGCCACCAUUUGAAUCAGCCAAUAUAUGUUUGAUUUUUGUUUUAAUGAGGAUUAGUUUGUUUAGUCCAAGGUUACAAGCUAAUUUACAGUGAGAUUCUAGACCCAGAUCAUAGUUCAAAUUAGAGCAAACAUGGUGCUUAGAUUCUAGAAACAUCCUAUGAAUGUUACGUUCAGAAAAAGAAGUCACGUUAAGAGUAUUGAAAUAAUAUACAGAAUACUGAAAUGGUGGAAUUAGGGUAGGGAGUUAAUGCAUGAGAUGUGCUUAUAAAAUAAUAAAUGCUUUUUAAAGUAUAUGACAUUUCUAUCCAAAUGAACAUCAUCCUUCACUUAGUAGGGCUAUUGUUGCUCAAAAAUGUUUCUGGAACUGACUUCAGAGCUUAUAAUAAAUGUUCUUUUGAAUAGC